CUGUACACUCCAUUAAAAGGAGUAACUAUUAGUUACAUUUUCAUCGGAGCAUUUCUGAAACAUCUUUGGUCUUCCCCAAACACACCUAGUCCUCCCCAAGUCGUUCCUCUUUCAUGUCUCCUCUGAUUUUCGCUAAGUGUUUCUGAUUCUCGCGCAGUUGUCUCAACCAUCGGCGAUUACUUCACUCCUCACAUCAAGCACUUUCUCAGCACACGCAAUGGAUCUCCCCGAACCUCGCACUCCCAUUUGUGGUCUGCAUGAAAAGGAACCCUUGGAGGAUGACUUUACAAUUGUCAGCAAUGCUUGUAAGGAUGUGAAAAAGGAGAAUAACUUCGAUCUUCAACCAGUGCCACCCUUUUCUUCUGGCGAAGGUUUGCCAUAUGCCCCUGAAGGGUGGCCUAAUCCUGGUGAUGUAUGGGGCUGGAAAGUGGCGAAAAGGACGAACAAGGCUGGAUAUUUUACCGAUAGAUCCCUUUCUCUUCCAAGAUCUCUUCAGGGGUUUCCUCACAAGACAAAGGACUUUCGAAGCAAAGCUGAUGUUAAGAGAUAUGUUGAAUCAAAUUUUCCUGACAUGAAAAUUGAAGCAUUCUUUGCUUCAUUUUACUGGCAGGUUCCCUCAACUGAUCAAACUCCUAUAAAAGCUAUAGCUAUACAAUCUUUUCCAGCAGAAGAGGCCACAGAUGAGAUUGGCACCCAAAGAAAAUUAAAACGGAAAACACAAAGGUUGCCAGUGGAAGAUGCCACAGAAGAGAUUGGCACCCAAAGAAAAUUAAAACAGAAAACACAAAGGAAAACGCAAAGGAAAACACAAAGCCGCAGUCGCAGUCGCCCAACUAAGAAAUCUUUUAGACCAAAUCAUAUUCAUCCCCAUUUAACACCUGAUCAAGGUGGGAACGCAACUGAGAAUUUAAAAGACAUUUUAGAUUUUGAUGAAGGAUCUGGUAUGCAUAUGACACAAGAGAAAAAUCCCAUUAUAAGUGUUACAGGGGAUUUUGAUGACUAUCUUGAUAACUUGGAGGACAUGCUUGUUAUUGUGCCUCAUCCUGAGACUACAUCUGAUUAUGUGAUUCCUUCUACCUUUUUGGAUAAUGAAACAAUAGAGUGCUGCAAGAAGAAGCUUUCUUCCCUUCUUGCUAUGGACUUCCCUUCUCUGGUCUCUUGUAGUGAUGUUGUAGAAGUCGCAACACUCGCAUCACAAGUUCGUGAAGAUCCUAGCCUUAGUAUUGAUCAACUGGUAAAAUUGAAGUUAGUGGAACAAGUUCCGUUGGCUGGUGAGGCUUUUCUUGAGGCUAAGGGGAACAUUGAAGAGGCAGACAGAUUCUUAGCUGACCUAGAGGCAAAGAAACUUAAAGUUCCUAGUCUCAAAAAUGAGUACAAUGAAAUAAAGGAGAAAGUAGCCAAGAGGGAGACUGAAAUUAACAAAACAACUCAAGCCAUUCAAAAAAUUGAUGACCAAAUUCGGCAACUUCAAUCAAAACGGAACGAGAUAUCUAGUUCCCUUGAAACCUUGCAGAAGAGUAAAGAUGAGUUGACUUCUAGGCUAACAAAUGUAGCCAAUUCAAUUCCAACCCUUGUUCAUGAGAUUCAGCUUGGAUUAUGCCAGAAACCAAAAUGGGAGCUGAGAAGAGCCAACAAUGUCAGGCGUGUGGCUGAGAUACAAGAUAAGUUCAUCACUUUAAGAGGAUUGACAUUUUAAUAUAUCUCUUCUAGCUCAUCGUAAAAACAGAUAUUUGUAACUAAUGAGUCUGCAUCUAUGCAAGUUGGGCAUAUGAUGUGGUCUUGACUUUGUGGCAACACUUGUAGUUGUGAAAAUUACAAAAAUGACAUGUUUUGCAGACCCCUUUAUUUUAUUUUAUUUUAAAAUGCUCUUGUAUUUUUAUAAGUCUUUAACCUCUCUAGUCAAGUAUUGUUCUAUUUCCCUGCU